ACCUAAAAACAGCUGCUUGCGUGAGUGCGUGUGUGUGUGUGUGCCUUUGUGGAAGCGAGAUGGGCAUAUAUAAAUAGAAUUUCUUUUUCUGCCCUGCAUCCGCCAAACAACGACCUUGGUGACCAACAAAAAAAAGAAAAAAACAAAACGAAACGGAACGGAAAGAAACACGCAGCGGCAAAUGAUAAAUAAGGAAAGCCAAGUGAAAUUAUAAAUAUCAAUUUCCAUUUUUUUUUCCGGUGCCCCCAUAAGUAGGCAAUACUUUUGGCGCCCUAAAGUGCAUUCACAUUCACAGCCAAUGAAUAAAUAAAUAUACGACAAUUGGCAGCAACAUGUGGCCAAACCGCAAUGCCAAUGCCACUAAAAUUGCGCCCUGCAAUGCGCCUAGAUGAUCGCCCAGGGCCCCGACUCGAUAGAUUCGCUAGGCAGACCCAACACAAAAAGUGACCAAACAAAUUGAUCCCAAAUGCCGAUCUGCAAAUGGCAACCAAAGCAGACGAAGCACAGACAACAAACGGAGCUCGAGUUCCGCCCACGCCACCGCUUCCAGUACGAGUGCCAGUUUUUGUUCGUUCAGCAGGAGCAGGAGCAGCAGCAGCAGCAGGGGCAGCCGUGGUGACUACAGUGAGGCAAAGCUAACAGCGACGCGCGAUCCAACGGGAGAUUUUUGGCGCCCGAGAGGCCAGGAGGUGGCCGUCAUGCAGCUGCAGGCGGCCGGGGCCCAAUUAACCAGCAGCUGCAUUUAGCUCACCCAUAGAACAUACCAGCACAUCCUCACAGUCACACACACACACACACCAGCACACUGCCACACUAGCACUCAGUCACACAGACACACACACACACACAGAUCAAUACAUUGGCCAGGAUUCAGUAGUGAGCUCAUCGAAGCAGAACCAGAACCAGAACCAGAAACAGAACCAGACCCUGAAAACGAAACUAAAACCAUGCAGAUGAUACUUGUUGCUGGCGGGUCUUUGCCCAAAUUGAGCAGUCAAGACGAAGAAGGGGGGGCUGGUCAUGGCUUUGGUGGCGGACCGCAACACUUUGAACCCAUUCCUCACGAUCAUGAUUUCUGCGAAAGAGUCGUUAUAAAUGUAAGCGGAUUAAGGUUUGAGACACAACUACGUACGCUAAAUCAAUUCCCGGACACGCUGCUUGGGGAUCCAGCUCGGAGAUUACGGUACUUUGACCCGCUUAGAAAUGAAUAUUUUUUUGACCGUAGUCGACCGAGCUUCGAUGCGAUUUUAUACUAUUAUCAGAGUGGUGGCCGACUACGGAGACCGGUCAAUGUCCCUUUAGACGUAUUUAGUGAAGAAAUAAAAUUUUAUGAAUUAGGUGAUCAAGCAAUUAAUAAAUUCAGAGAGGAUGAAGGCUUUAUUAAAGAGGAAGAAAGACCAUUACCGGAUAAUGAGAAGCAGAGAAAAGUCUGGCUGCUCUUCGAGUAUCCAGAAAGUUCGCAAGCCGCCAGAGUUGUAGCCAUAAUUAGUGUUUUUGUUAUAUUGCUAUCAAUUGUUAUAUUUUGUCUAGAAACAUUACCCGAAUUUAAGCAUUACAAGGUGUUCAAUACAACAACAAAUGGCACAAAAAUCGAGGAAGACGAGGUGCCUGACAUCACAGAUCCUUUCUUCCUUAUAGAAACGUUAUGUAUUAUUUGGUUUACAUUUGAACUAACUGUCAGGUUCCUCGCAUGUCCGAACAAAUUAAAUUUCUGCAGGGAUGUCAUGAAUGUUAUCGACAUAAUCGCCAUCAUUCCGUACUUUAUAACACUAGCGACUGUCGUUGCCGAAGAGGAGGAUACGUUAAAUCUUCCAAAAGCGCCAGUCAGUCCACAGGACAAGUCAUCGAAUCAGGCUAUGUCCUUGGCAAUAUUACGAGUGAUACGAUUAGUUCGAGUAUUUCGAAUAUUUAAGUUAUCUAGGCAUUCGAAGGGUUUACAAAUAUUAGGACGAACUCUGAAAGCCUCAAUGCGGGAAUUAGGUUUACUUAUAUUUUUCUUAUUUAUAGGCGUCGUACUCUUCUCAUCGGCGGUUUAUUUUGCGGAAGCUGGAAGCGAAAAUUCCUUCUUCAAGUCCAUACCCGAUGCAUUUUGGUGGGCGGUCGUUACCAUGACCACCGUUGGAUAUGGUGACAUGACACCCGUCGGCGUUUGGGGCAAGAUUGUGGGAUCACUGUGUGCCAUUGCUGGCGUGCUGACCAUCGCACUGCCGGUGCCGGUCAUCGUCAGCAAUUUCAACUACUUCUAUCACCGCGAAACGGAUCAGGAGGAGAUGCAGAGCCAGAACUUUAAUCACGUUACUAGUUGUCCAUAUUUGCCAGGUACAUUAGUAGGUCAACACAUGAAGAAAUCAUCGUUGUCCGAGUCCUCAUCGGAUAUGAUGGAUUUGGACGAUGGUGUCGAGUCCACGCCGGGAUUGACAGACACACAUCCUGGACGCAGUGCGGUGGCUCCAUUUUUGGGAGCCCAGCAGCAGCAACAGCAGCAGCAACAGCCGCAGCAACAGGUUGCAUCCUCAAUGUCAACGUCGAUCGACAAGCAGUUGCAGCAUCCACUGCAGCAGCUGACGCAGACGCAACUGUACCAGCAGCAGCAGCAACAGCAACAGCAGAACGGCUUCAAGCAGCAGCAACAGCAGCAGCUGCUGCAGCAGCAACAGUCCCACACAAUAAACGCAAGCGCAGCAGCAGCAACGAGCGGCAGCGGCAGCAGCGGCCUUACCAUGAGGCACAAUAAUGCCCUGGCCGUUAGUAUCGAGACCGACGUUUGACUACUGGUGCAAAAGACGUUGCGUGGUAUAAAUUUGGCCUUGACAGGAGUUACGUUGGAUGCCAGAAACGACUACAAAAGCUGUUUAUAUUUAAUUUAAGUAGAACAAAUAACAAAAACAAAUUUAAUCUAUUGCUAAAUUAAAUUUAAUCUAAAUUUAAACUUAAAUUAAUUUAAAAUUAAUUUAAUUAAAUUAUACAUUUAAAGAUAAACAACACAAAAACCGAGAAACAAAUCCAAAUCAGAACAAACAAAAAGUAACAAGCAAAAAAAUGAAUGAGUAAGGGAAUACCAAUAUAAACGAGUAGCAUGGCAUAAUCCAAACCAAAAACCAUUGACAAAUAAAAAUGUUAAACUGAGGAGAGAUAAAAAAGCAACAGCAUAAACAUCGAAGAAGUGAAGGCAGAAUUUAAAUCAAAUUUUUAACAACCGAAAGCUGAAUAACAAACCCGAUCAAACUGCAGCAGCAAAAGGAAACUGUAAAUAAUGCAAUAAAUCAUUAAGCACUCUCGCCAUUAUUUUAGCAAGAAUGCAGAGAAGAAAAGCUUUAAGAACUCCGAUUGUAAGGACAUGUGAAUGAUCCGAACGAUGAAGCCAGGCCACGAUGUCGAUAUCGAGAGAUGCCCCUUUAACCAGCUGAAAAAAAAAAAAAAAACAAACAAAUCACAAGCAGAUUUACGAUUUACAUUCUGUCACCGAAACACACACAUACACAUUACAAGAAAGUAUAGUAAAACUGCCGUAAUAUUUAACAAAAAAAACCGAAUCCAACUUGUAUAGUCAUCAAGCGAAGCCCGAGGCAAUGUCUGCUUUUAAAUGUAACAGGAAAUACUAUCGUGUAACAAAAACUUAGACAACUAACCAUCUAACUGAACUACUGAAUAACUGAACUAACCAACUAAGCAUAUACACACAUAUAUGUGAUAGAUGUUAUAUGUGUAUAACCUAAACAAUAUCGUUCGUGGCAUUCUCAAGACGACCCUUUGUUUUUUGACUAAAGCUUAAGAGAAAUCUAUACCCUCCGCCUAUAUGACCACCAACCAACCCACCCUUCAAACAACUAACCUCUCCACCUCUCUACCGACUAACUGAACCCAUAUCAGCUAUAUCUUCUGCUUCGUUCCCCCCCGAAUUAAAACGAAAUAAAAAGUACAAAUAUUCAACUAAAAGCAAAAGCGAAUGCAAAAGCGAAAGCGAAACCACUAACGUAAAUAAUACAAAUGCUGCAGAGCCAGUGCUACAAAGUAAGGGCGAAACGACUGCAAUUUAACUAAAAGACCGAACAUUAGUCAAAACAUCCAUCGGAUUGCUUGAAUUCCCCAGUCACAGAUCCGCUCAAUCACAAUAAAAUCACAAACAAACCAAAUGGCGACAAGAUAUACAACAAAACAGAAAACGCUCUUAUGAUUUUUUUAAUGAAAGCAAACUAUAUACCACAACAACAAAAAAAAAAAGGAAAACAAAAAAACAACCAAAUCCAAAGCUAAAGAAUGGUUAAAGUUCAACUACAAAAUGGGGCUUUCCAGCGAUGAUUUCUUUGACUGAAUUGCAGGGGUUCGAAAGAACACUAUCCCCCCCCCCCAAAAAAAAAGCCAGAGAACCCACCCUCUCCUGAAAUUUUACAGCAAAAGGUAGUUGAAAAACAAAUAAAUCAUGAAAUCGUUGACUGAAUUAUGCGAAUUCAACUUUUGCAUUAAAUGUAUAAAAUAAAAGAGAAUCUUCACAAUUAUAUAUUGUAAUAUGAAAAUAUAUAUUUAUGUGUGUGUAUGUGUCUACCAAACUGCAUAGAUGAAGAUGAAGAAGACCUGUACAUAAGAAGGGUUGCUCUUGCCGAUGUAAAUUGAUGACAAUGGCAACAAGAAGAUAUCGAUGAUCAUUCAAGUGUAAAUUUUAAAAAGCUUCGAAAACCGUCCACGCACACACACACACACACACACACACACACGCACUCACACACACAUACACAUAGAUAUGGGAUGGGGGGAGGGGGCUGACAAGGUUAGGGGUGGAGAGUAAGAGGGGGUUGGUGGGGUCCGAAGCCAACCAAAGAUCCGGAGGAGCAGAGCAGAGCAAGUGCCUUAAGGAACAUUGUGCGCUGGCCGACUUCUCGAUCCCCCCUACCUCAGCCCCUGAUCAAGAGAGCACGCCAUCCCCACCCCUUCCCUCCUCCUGUUUGUUCCCGCGCCCCUGCAACCCCUGGCAAUUCAGUGGAGAACCGCUAAGAGCGAACAAUAAUUCAACGUUUCCAAUGUGUGCCACAGUGGAGGCCAGAUAUAAAGGGCCGAUCGAUACGUGGACACUGUGUAAAUAAUCGCUACCAAAAACCCCAUGAAAAUAGGGUAUUCCCACUGUGGCUGCUAACUGCUGUAAAUACUCUUCAGAUACAACUACAUCUUGCAAAUGCUAUUUUGUACAAAAAAAAUAUAAAGAAUAAAACAAAUGCUUAACGAUAAACCCAAUAAAACUCGAAGGUAUAAGUAAUAAAAAAAAUAACACAUUCAAAUGUCAGUUAACUGUACUGUACUUAGUCUCUGUAUCUGUAAGAAGGCAAAGAUUUAUGAGAUGAAUAAGCAUUAGAGAAGAUAAAGAUAAAGAUAAAGACAAUGGUCCAGACGAAGAUGAUGAAACUAGCAAAACACCAAAAACGGAUGAGGAUUGAGGAGAGGGAAAUGAAGCAUAGCGAAAAGAAAACCGCUUACUUAAGAUUAGAUUUUUUGUUUUAUAUCGGUCGGAGAAGAUGAUUUUAGCUUCAUAUAAUCAAGAUACCAGAUAGCAGAUAAAAGAUAAAUGAAAUGGAAAAAUAAAAAACAGAUAGCAGAUACAAAGAGCCGAGUGUAAAGUAAGGUUGUUUUUUUUCCUAGCCUUAAUCUAGACAAAUGAAUAAAUUUAGCAAACAUAACUGUAAAUGAGUCUAAGAAUUACCGAUGUAUAGCAGAAUUUAGAACUUUAUUUUAAUUUUAUUAUUACAAUUAUAAUUAUACGUUCAUAUUUUGUGUCCUACAUCUUAAGACUUUGAUUUAAUCACAAUAUAAGCCACUAUAAUUAAACAACAACCAAAAACAAAAAAAAAACACACAAAACAAAACAAAAACCACAAAUAAAGCGGAGAAAUUAGAAAAUAAAAAUCGUGUUAAUAUUUACCUAUGAAAGCUUAAAAAAAAACUAAAAAUAUGAAAACAUGAAAAAAAACAGAAAAAAUUUUGGAAUAAAUGUGUUCAGCAAAAGAAAUGUUAUUAUAUGUUUAAAUAAAUUACAAUUAAUUCGAAAUGAACAAAAAAUUUAUUGUAAUUAAAUUGAGCUAAGUACACAAGUUAAAUUCUAAACAAUUUCAAAUUGUACAUAAACACAGCAUAUACAUAUACAAAAACAUAUAGCAUGUAGCAUAUAUCUAGACAUAUGCAUAUGCUGCAACCGAAUUACAAGCUAGCUAUCCGCAGACUAAGCGCCGACUAAAAUACGAAAACAAAACAAAACAAAAACAAAAUCCUUGAACAUACCAAAGAAAAACAAAAUACACAAGAUGAACAGUGAGAAGAUUAAGAUAAAACGGAGCCCCAUGCUGAUCCAAUCCGAUCCGUUCCGAACCCACACAAUAAAGAAGCGAUUUCGAAGCAAAUAAAUUGACAAAAGUUUUUGGAGCCGUUUUUUAUUUCAAUUUCGCACAGUCCCCUGUGCCCCACUCCCUCCGCCUUGUAAAUAAUAAUCGCAACUCGACUUAUCGAUGAUCGACCUAUAUCUUAUCCGUCUCAUUCCAUUCCGAUUCGCUCCGUUCCGUUCCAUAUAUAUAUCUAUAUAUUUUGUAUUUGUAUUUUGGCGUAGAUCCGUAGUUAGUCGAGUCGAAAUGGAAUCGGAAACCGUAUCCCUUUCGAUCUAGGAUCUAGUCUAAGGCAAAAACGCUAGUUCUGUAUUUUUAGUUCGUACUGUAAUUGUAUUAGCUGGCGCUCAAAAAUGAAAAUGAAAUAUAACGAAGAAUACUGAGCUUUAGGUAUUUUAUUUCGUUUGGUAACGUAACUUGUAACUUGUGUGAGCUCAACCUAAAUCUCGUCAUUGGCAUAUCAAUCACCCAGCUGCAGUUGAGUUAUCCAAUCACGAAUUCAGUCAAUCAGUUAAUCAGUUAAUCAGUCGAUCAAUGCUAGCCGAUUAGAUACACCCACAUAUACUAGAUACAUAUAUACAUUCACAAACACGACUUAGGAGCUGAAAGCGCAUUUCAUUCGGUUUUCGUAUUACUUUCGUAUGCUUGAACUAUGCUCUACUCAACUCUAGUCUAGCCUACUUUAACCCAAAAGCGAAAUGCGUUAAAAAAAAAACUUAGGACGAUACUCUAGUGAAUGGAAAUCCAGACAAGAAGAAUAAGAUGAUGAAGAAGCAAACAUAUCGUUGUAAAGCAAGAACUAAGUUAUGAUAACCACGAAUAACUCAAAGGAAAAGUCUAACUUAUUGAUGCAUAAUUAUUUUCGAAUAUAACACUAACAAGCCACAACAAACACUCGACUUCGACAUCUCCAGUUCAAUUCAAACCAAAAACAAUCUUUUCAAGUUUUCCAUUAAAUUUAAUUGCAAGCCUAACGAAACAAAUUUUAACACACAUACGUAAAAAAAAUAUAUUUAAAAAAUAAUAAAAAAAUUUUGAUUGUACGGAUUAUGAUGAAACAAUACACAUUUACCAUAUGCUAUAUACGAGUAAAUCAAAACAUAAACCAACAAAACGAAAAAAAAAAAAUAAAAAAAUCUUUCAAAAUCUUCUCAAUGCUUCAAAAACAAAGAAAACGGAAACCAAUUUCUAUUAAGGACAAAGACUGCAAAUAGAGAUUUAAAAAAAAAAAUACACUUAAAACAAAAAAACAAAACGAAAACAUUUUUAAUUAAUUGAUUUUUAAUUCUAAUUUGGCCUUGAUUCAACCUACCAAUAAAUAAGUUUAGGUUUAGUUAGAAGUUCAAGACACAACUCAACUCAACACAACCGAACCGGACCGGACCGGACAGAACUGAAUCGAAUCGAACUUUCAAUUUGGCGAACUCCACGCUAACCCAAAAAAUAGAGCAUCAACAAUAGCAUAACUUUAAAUUAAUAAUAACAAUAAUACAGAACCAAACAACAAAACCAAAAUCAAAGCAAUUGAAUGAUAACAGAUAAUAAAAACUCGAAUAAAUCCCCAUAGAAAAAAAAUCCAAAAUUUAGUAUUACGCCCAAUAAGAUAUUACAAGAAAAACGAAAACCGAAACUCACACACAAAUUAAACCGAAAGAAACAAAAGAACGCAAAAUGAAAACAAACAAAACAAAAUGGAAAUGUUGUUAAGAUUAAAAAUGAAAUGUUUUAUAAUCGUUAUUCAAUAAAAUAAAAAAUUAAUAAAUUUCCAAGAAAUCAUUAACCCAAUAAACGCAAGCAAUGGCGCAAUUCGAAUUCAUUCGAACAAUUCUAGCUGUAAUCUACCACUACCCGAAAAACCCCUUUUACCUUAUUCUAGACUAGCUGGUAGUAUUUGCUUUGUGUUUGUUCUUCUACUAAGUAAUAUUUUGGGUAGUCAUAUUUGAAGGGGGUGGCAUUAUUACUAGUUAGUCACUAUCGCUAUUCCUACAGUUAUCGUAUUUGUAAGCUUUGGCCCUAGUUCCAUAGAUCUAAGUCCAGACCCUUAGCCCGAAAAGGGGGGCUUGACACCUCCCCUCUUUUUUGAACACGCAGACAGACAACCCUCACACACACACACUCACACAGCGCACACACCACACACACACACACCAGUCAUAAACCAGUAUAUCUAUAGUAUAUAUGUAUAUAUAUAUACAACAAAUGCCAUGCCAGUAGCACAUUCCAUUGCAGACAUUUCCUAGCGUAGUUUAGCUAUAUAUUGCCCACCUCCCAUCACUCCCAAAAAAAAAAAAAAAAAAGAAAACCAUACACUUAUCUCCGUGAGCACACACACUGUCGCAGAUUCGCUCAUAAAAAUGCGACAAAUAGAGUAAAAAUAAAAACAAAAACAAAGAAAAAAAAA